UAAUAGAAGUUUUCUAGGCUUCUUCAAUUAUUUCUCACAAAAACUAGUCUCAAUUCCUCUUUUUUUUUAUUUUUUCCCCUGUGAUUUCCUUGUCCAUAAAGACAUCUAAACAUAGAAAACAUUGUUAGGAAGAUGAGAAGAUGAAUCUUGGAUCUUGUCUCAGAUUUCCUUAGGUAUUGGUCUAUACACUUUGGGCCAUAAGGAAACAUAGGACUGUGAGAUUUUAAAGAGAGAGGAAGUCUUACGAACAAAAAAAGUGUUGCUUGCUACUAAUAGAAAUGUAGAGGAACUUAAUGAUUGUUGCCAGUCUUCCUGGUUAUUGGUCGUGUUGCUGUGGCAUUCUUCUGUUGUAGGAAUGCUUUAAUUUUUGGGGGGAUGAAAUUGUUAAGAAAGUCAGAGAGGAGAACUUUAGAGGACAAGUGAGAUUUAUUUCAUCUGGCGUAUAGUUUUUCCUACACCUGUUUGCUGUUUACCAGCAAGUUUAUGGUCUUGAUCAAUAUAGGAUGCUGAGUCUGUAUCUGAUGUUGAGGAUUGUGUAGAUUCCUCUGCUUUACAGUCUUGAGCUGUUCAGGUUAAAGAUGUUACAGUAGUCCACCCAAGCACAUUCAGUUCUGUGAAGUGUUAAAAUACCCUGAAAAUUAGAAGCUACAGUAGUAAAGGAAAAAACCUCCAAACAACCAAAAUUAAAGACAAAUUGAUUAGAGUCUGAUAAAAUUUUGAAUCCAUGGUGCUGUUUGGCUUCUAGUCUCCAACUCCCGCUAUGAUGGUCUGGUAAGUCAGACAAAGUUUUGAACUGAAAGAUGGAUAACAGAAGUCAGAGGGUCAGAAAUAAAUAUUUGUCUUGGUUUUCUGCUGAAAAUGUUUUUAUCUUCAGGUGUUGAGCGAGUGUGGAGCUGUCCAAAAGAAGAUAAAUCACUAGAGGAUUGUGGUUGUUUUUUUAGAAAGCAACUGACUUAUUACAACAAAUUUACUAUAUUUUAUUGUAUGUUACAAGGUUAAAUAGUUUAAGAAUAAGCUUGAGUUAUGAUCACUUCGUUUCUAAUAUACCACAAAGGUUUUUUACAUAUUGUCUGGAUAGUAGCAUUUUGUUUUAUAUUAACAAACUUAGUGGAAUCUCAAUUGUCACAUCUGUAACUGCUUUUAUUUUGUGUGGUUUGCUUGCUCAGAGUUGUAUCUAAUUCUUGCUCUGAAGUCUCCCUACUGUAUUCCCAGUUAUAAUUCAAUAGUCAGAAAGAAAACUUCUUAGCAACCACUGCUUAGAAAUGGUAGUGUAGCUUAUUCUAUAUACAAAUGUAGUUUUUGAACUGACAACUCUACCAACUUCAGUUUGUCUUGUAGAUUUACUAUCUCAAGUAUAGAUCAGCUCCUGCAUCCAUAACAGCCUGAAUCCAGAAAUACUUCAAUUGCUUUUGCUUAAAGGGAAGCCUAAGCUAAAGCUUUGUGAAUUGGAACCAGCUGUGUCUGAAGCUGGCUCAGAUGCAGCUCUGUACAGCUGUGAAACUGUCUCCAAUAUUCAGUCUGAGCCAGCAAGUGCUGCUCCAGGGUUUAGACUGGUUGAUAUUGUGCAGAGACAUUUGAGAAGUUCCACAGGGCUUGUCUUCUGUUGACAUAAAGGGCCUCUUGGUGACAAGCCUGCCCAGUCUGGGAUGGCCACUAAAUGGUACCUAUGAUGGCCAUGGCAGUUCUUCUGCAUCCCCUUCUCUGUAUUUAGCCUCUUACCCAUGUUUUGGUCCAGUUCAUUCUUAGGCCUGAAUCCUGCUGUCUGGCUGCUACAGAACAUACUGUAGUGUUGCAUGGCAAGGCCGAUGUCUUGGGCAGCCACUUCAGUCAGUGGCCAAACUCAACAAAACGUGUCCUUAUUCAAUGUACUUGCAAGCUAAGUGGUUCUGGAAUGGCAGUCUUGUCAGAUUUGAAUUCAAGAAAGCCAUAGGGAGAAAAUAGAGCCUUUUUAAAAGUUCUAAGUGCAAAUAUGAGCUUUGAGGUUUGCUUUAGACUUCAUAGAAGUUUCUGAACAGUGACUGUCAUCAGUUUCAGUUCUACAGAAGUAGGUAGCUGUGCUUUUAUUCCCAUGUAGGAGAGAAGGAAGAUUCAGGUAAUGUCUGACAUGCUUGGAUUACAGUAAUAACUUGCAUAUAUUCUGUGCAAAGGUAAUUUGAGUGAUCCAGUCCUGUUGAGUGAAAUGUAUGUAAUAAUUUAAGAUUUGAAUAGUUCUGUUCUACAGUCUUAGGCUGGUGAUGCUUAUUUGUAGUGACAAGUGUUUCUGGUUCUGCAACAACUGAGCUAAGUUAAAUGUGUAUAAUGUAAAACUAACUUUAAAACUUUUGUUGUUGUGGGGAGUACACAGUUCCUGGAAGUGACAUUUUGGUUUAGCAGUGCUUUUGUGUUGGUCUUCUGGUGCAACAUACAGUGUCCUUGGACCAAUCUUUCAGUGAACAAAGCAGGUCCUUAAGAAUGUUGCAUUAAUCCUUGCUUUAACUUAAAAUAAUUUUCUAAUCUGCAAAUGAAAUAAUUGUUCAAAGGUUAUGUUUAGUUAGUCAGAGUUGCCAAAUAUGGAAGAAGAAAAUCAAAAUGGUUUUUCAGGUUUUGUUGUGGUUUUUUUUGUUUGUUUUGUUUUUUAAUUAAAAACCAAACUGUCUUUUGCUUCCGGAGAUUAGCCACAGAGUAACUUCAGUCACAUCUCAGCUAUGUUGUUGACUCUGAGCAUUCUAUUAAAUUUCUUAGAAAUCUUUCAUAUAAAUGGAAUGGGCUUGAAUGAUCACUUCAGAGGGUUAUUAAUUUUAUGAAUAACUAGGAUUCUCAAGGUCCUUGCCUGAAUUGGAACAUGGCUUAAAUGGGGUGUUUCCAUUAGAUUACUGACAGAGUGCAGCAUUAUAAGCUCCAUACAAGCGCAGUAAAAAUUAAUGAUGCUGUUUCAUCCCAUAAGAGAUUUUACUUUCUUUGCUACUAAUACUUAGUUCAUCUUUGAAGUGUGAUUAUUUUUCAUAAUUUAGAGACUGUUUUGAAGCAGAAGUUCAACAUUUAUUUACUGUGUGCUUCUGUUUUUUUGUAAACAUUUUCAUACUCUAUCAACUAAAGUGCCUGCUAGGAAGUUUAAGGACAGGGUACACCAUAUAUAAUCUGGUACAGUCUAAUCCUGUUUUGUGGACUCACGUAAAAUAUUGAUACAUCAGGCGGAAAUUGUUAUUCCUAGUAUUUCCAGAUGUUUAAUAGCAAAAUUAAAGGACUGAAAUUGUGUUUAUAUGUAAGGAAGGACUGGGGGCAAGGUUGUGCUUUCAUGGUAUAAUGCAUGAGUAUGGUUACAGUUAAAGGUUUGUGUAAGUUAGAUGCCAACUGACAUAUUUUAAUGGGUGUGUUUGCAUGUUAAUUUCUACUGUACACCUAUGAGCUAAGUUUAAAAACAAACGCUUCCCCUGAUUCCACCUAAGGUUAAAUAUCCUACAUCUAGGAAACAAAAAAGUGACAUGGUUUUCUUUCAGGAAUGAAGACAUUAACUGUGACAUUAAAGGGGAGGGAUUCCUGUGAAUUUUAUUCGGUAAAAAAUUUUGCUGUUAUUUAUCUUGUGGAUAUCACUGAAGUACCAGACUUCAACAAGAUGUACGAGUUGUACGAUCCCUGUACCGUCAUGUUUUUCUUCAGGAAUAAACACAUCAUGAUUGAUUUAGGUACAGGCAAUAACAACAAGAUCAACUGGGCAAUGGAAGAUAAACAAGAGAUGAUUGACAUUAUAGAAACUGUUUAUAGAGGAGCCCGCAAAGGUCGAGGUUUGGUGGUAUCACCAAAAGAUUAUUCCACUAAAUACAGAUACUAACAUGUCUUUGGGGCUGUGUUUUGUUGUUGUUUUUUUCAAUUGUACAUUGACUUAAAUUUAUUCUUGUGUGUGUACAUAUAUAUAUUAAAAAAAAAACAACAAACCCCUGCAAAUCCUUCAA